GAAAAAGUGGAAAACAUGUUACAGACAUUUGAUAGACUCUUUAACAUAAACUCCGAGAGAAACCUGCAACUGGAACGGGCUCAGUCCCUGGUUAACCAGUUUUGGGAGACUUACGAAGAAUUUUGGCCAUGGUUAAUUGAAACAGAAAAGGUCAUCUCUCAGCUUCCUGCCCCUGCCCUUGAAUAUGAAACUUUAAAGCAACAACAAGAAGAGCAACGGCAACUGCGUGAGCUGAUUGCGGAGCACAAGCCCCAUAUGGAUAAAAUGAACAAAACGGGGCCCCAGUUGUUGGAGUUGAGCCCAGCUGAAGGCUUCUUUAUCCAAGAGAACUACACGAAAGCUGACUACCUUUACAACAAAAUUAAGGAAGAUGUCAAAAAGCGAGCGCUGGCGCUGGAUGAAGCCAUUUCUCAGUGCGCCCAG